UGUCCUAUUAAAACCUCCCCUUCCUUGCUGCGUCGCGUUAAAGAUUCUUUUCUUCGUCUUCACGCAAUCCGGCCACAAGAGAUGUCGUUCACUCCCUUCGGCUUCGAUCCCCGGCGGAGCAACUCCGUCGAUCCCUUCUCUGUCGACCCCUUCUACUCUGACCUCCCCUACCCCCGCUUCCGUAUGGCUGUCGCUGACGCCCGCGUUGACUGGGAGGAGACCUGCGAAGCUCGCGUCUUUAAGGCCGAUCUCUCCUGCCGGCAAAAGAGGGGCGUCAAGGUCGAGGUGGGCGGAUCUUCCGUCCAGAUCCGCGGCGAGCGUACCUGCAAGCGCGAGAAGAAGACCGACACCCGGCACCGCGUGAAGAAGACCGACACCCGGCACCGCUGCGAGUGCGUGAAGAAGACCGACACCCGGCACCGUGUGGAGCGCGAGAAGAAGAUCGAGAUCCGGCACUGUGUCGAGCAGGAGAAGACUACUGAGACCUGGCACCGGGUCGAGCGCGGGAAGAAGACCGAGAGCUGGCACUGUGUCGAGCGCGAGAAGAAGACGGAGACCUGGCACCGCGAGAAGAAGACCGACACCAGGCCCCGUGUCGCGCGCGAGAAGAAGACCGACAGCGGCGGCGAGGUCCUGCGCAGAUUCCGCCUGCCGGCGAACGUCAAGGCGGAUCAGGUCGAGGUCGCGAUGAAGAACCGAAUGCUCACGGUCACCGUGCCUAAGAAAGUGGUCAAGAAGCCUAGCGGCAAGUCGAUCAAGAUCUACGGUUAGUUCCUAGUUUCUGACAUGAUGCCUCAUUGUCGAUUCACCUGCUUCUUCGUUUCGUCUUCGUUUCGUGAUUUAGGGUUGUUGUCUGGCUUCUCUUCGAUCUUCGUGUGGCCUAUCGCUACUGUAUUAGAUGCAAGAUGCUAUUAAUAAAUAAUGUAUAAAUGUUUCGAGUUUUA